AUGGAGGUUAUCAAACCUUCUAAUGUUUGGAUUAAAGUCGGUGUUCUUCUUCUCCUUGUUCUUAUUCUUUUUCUUUGCGGCUUUGUUUCUGUCGUUCACGUGUUAGUCAUCAUGGAGACAUUUUGUGCUAUGGCUCGUUUCAAAGGCGAAGGACGGCUACUCCAAUUCACGGUCCUCACUACAUGGGAGGUUGUCGUGGCCGAGAUAUGUGAGCGUUGGUCACUUCAGGCUUCUCGAGUCAUUAUGAUGUUUGUGGCACCUAACUCAUACGGCACGGUUUGCCCAAUUGAGUCAGAUGCUGAUUUCCAAUGCAUGUGCCACAUACACCACACUUACAAGAAGAGUGUGGUGGACAUCAUCGUUGAAGAAGUCAGUGGGGCAUCGGAAGCAACCAUUAAUAUCUCCUUACCAACAUUGUACGACAACCACUCGAAAGCUAGUAAGAAAUGGAUCGGUGACUGUAUUAUGCAGAGACUGAAAGAGCGACCAUUGUAUCGAGCCAUUGAUAUACAAAAAGACAUCAUUCGAGAACACGGCAUGCGAUUACCAUACAAGCAUGUAUGGAUGGGUAGGGAGGUCGCUCGGUCCGCUAUUCAUGGUAAUGAGGUGAGCAGCUAUCAUUUGUUGUUGUGGUACGCCGAUAAGGUGGCGGAGACGAAUCCCGGAGCAUUGUGGCAGUUGAGAAGGACAGGGAGCGAUUCAAACACGUUUUCUUCUCUUUCCGCUUGUCUUUGCAAAGACAGGAAUGAGGGUAUCUUCCAUGUGGUAUUUGCUAUUGUCGAUAAUAAAACUGACGACAACUGGACCUGGUUUCUCGCCAUACUCGGUGAGGCAAUAUACGGUGAAGAUGACUAUCGCGAAAUUAUUACCUUCAUCUCGGAUUGGUCGAAGGGCCUUAUAAACUCGGUCACGAGAGUGUUCCCGUCAUCGCCGCAUGGUUAUUGCCUCCGACAUUUGGUGGCAAAAUUCAUGAAAGCAAAUGCUAAACUUGGCAAAACAUUGUGCAAGCAAUGUUGGGAUAUAAUUGUAAGAAUUGCAUAUGCUUACACAGUCAAAGAGUUUGAUGACGCCAUUACCGAACUUGCGAUGAAAUCGCCGGAGGCACAUAAUUGGUUACUGUACAAGUCGAACGUUGAUCACUGGGCUAAUUAUUUAUUUAAGGGUAUGCGUUGGUGUGAGAUGUACUCCAACAUUGCGGAGUCAUUCAACGGCUGGGUCAAAGAGGCCCGACAUCUACCUGUGACAAGCCUGGUUGACUCAAUAAGGUUCAAACUUAUGAAUAUGAUGGCUGGAUGCGCACAAGCAAGCAAGUGGGAUACACAUCUUUGUCUGGGGAUACACAAAAAGGUUGAACUGAUUAUUAAAGAUAGCAGGUUCUUAUGGGUGGGUCGUUCAAUGACGAAUACUUAUGAAAUACUUGACAAUGACAUCAAUGCUGUCAGUCUACGAAAUCAGAAGUGUUCUUGCAAAAAAUGGGAAGUCCAUGGGCUCUCGUGCAAGCAUGCAUGUGCAGCGAUCAUGCAAACUGAUAUGAACAUGCACAGUUACGUGGCCGAUUACUUCACAGUGGAAUGGUACCGCCGUGCAUAUGCUGAACCUAUACAUCCAAUCCCUGACACCGACAAACCAAGUGACGGUCACCGUGAACUAUAA